AUGAACGUAUCCUCUGCCGUAUGUCUCCACUCCUUCUCCUCGUCGUCGUCGUUGUUGUCGUCGUUGCUGAUAAUGGAGCUACAUAGAUCGCGCCCGCUGAGAUCCUCGCCGCUCGCGGGCCCCUCGCUCGUAUCGCUCGACAAUACAACGCGCCCCGUAUCCGUGCAUAGCUCGCGCCCGACAUCUCCCUGCUCAACCUCCACCUCCACCUCCACCUCCACCUCCACCCCACGACACAAACACACCCGCCGACCAUCUACGGCCCCCGGCCCGACACGCCCGCGCAGCGAGCUCUCGACGUUCUCAACCUCCACCUCCGAAGACGACGGCCGCUUCUCGCCUGGCACCCUCCAUGUGCGGUACUCGUCGUCUUUGCUCUCUGUACCGGGCACCCGUGCGUCGAGUGUGAUGCUUGAUCCUGAGGUGCGGAUGCCUAGGCCGAUUUUGAAGCGCAGGACGAGUUUUCAGCCGUUGAGCCAGAGCCAGGGUCAGAGUCAGAGUGGGGGUCAGAGUGGGGGUCAGAUCCAGGGUGGAGUGGAGGAGGAUGGGAGGUUCUCGGCGGCUGAUAAGGGUAAAGGCAAGAUGGGGUCGGGGACGGGGACGACAACGAGGGUAGGGGUAGGGAUGGGGCCGGGACAAGGCCAACAGGAAGAAUCGUGGUAUACCUUCGCGCCCUACGCGACGACGCCAAAGUUCUCGCGCCUCGGGCUGGCGGGUGCGGGCGUGGUGAUGCCUGUGUCGGCCAGGGAGCUUGCGAGGGUGAAGUCGAAGCGGCAGAGUGGGGUUGCGUCUUCCUCUUCCUCUUCCUCCUCGUCAUCGUCCUUGUCGGCGAGCGCGAGUGCGAACGCGAGGGACAGGCACCAGCACCAGCACCGUGGUUCGACCGAUGAACACGGUGUGAUCAGGGGCGCCCAGACUAUACGCCCUCAGCCGCAAACCCUUCCACAAAAACUGCAUCCCCUUCCACAAGGACAAGCACAAGGACAAGGACAGGGACAAGGACAAGGACAGCAACAACGGCCCCAAAUCCCCGUUGGAUCGCCGUCGCCGUCUCCAUCCCUUUCAUCUUCGUGUUUAUCCCCAUCAUCUUCGUCUUCUUCGCCAUCCACAUUUUCAUCUUCAUCUUUAUCCACAUUCCCAUCUUCUUCGUCAUCUUCUUCGCCAUCCCCAUCUUCGUCGCAGGGAUGGCUAAGCGUGCCUCCGCCAGCGCGUACGCGUAUGGGUAAGGCUGCUGUUAUUGCUUCGUCGUCGUCCUCCGCCCCCACCACUGUAAAUCAUCCCCCAGAAACAUCUGUGUCCACCCCCGCUUCUGCAUCUGCGUCUGCGUCUGCGUCUGCGUCCGCGUCCGCGUCGCCGAGCAGCAGCCGCUCCAGCACGAGCACGAGAUCGAGAUCAAAAUCGAGUAUUUGGCGAACGAGCGCGAGUCAGAGUCAGAGUGUUAGUGUUAGUGUUAGUCCGAGCGCGGCGUCGUCCUCGACGAGUCUGCCUUCUUCUACUUCAGCUUCAGCUUCAGCUUCGUAUCAGCAAUUGCAUGUCGUGCCUCCGCCUCCGCCUGUGCCUGUGAACGCGACGGUGCCGGUGCAAGUGUCGGUGUCGGUGUCAGGGAAGAAUGAGGUAAAGGACGAGGCGAAGGACGAGGUGAAGGACGCGAAAGAGCCCAAGGAGAGCAAAGACGAUGAAAAACAACUCAAGAAAGAAAGUAAACGCAAAUCUCUACGCCUGAAUUUGGGACUGGGCUUGGGCUUGGGCUUGGGCUUGAAGUCGUGGAGGUCGUUCCGCGGUGCGUCGGGGUCGAGCUGUGCGUCGGGGUCGGGUGGUGCGGUGGGGUCGGACGGUGCGUCGGGGUCGGGUGCUGGGUCUGCGUCGGGUGCUGGGUCUGGCGCGUCGACUGUGACUGCGUCUGCUAUAGCUACGGGUGGCACUACGACCACAGCUACAGCUACAGCUGGCUCUGCUACGGGUGGUAUUACGGCUACGGGUACAGGACCAAAUACGACACCGAUACACAUACCACUCCCGAUACCGCUCCCAUCGCCACCUCCAGCAGCGCGCUUUGCGGACUCGCCUACGAGUCCUACGUUUGUUGGGUCUCUGUCUUUGUCUUCCCCUUCUGUUUCCACCUUUGCCAUGAACGCGAGCGCGAAGGGAAGCGCGAAGGGUAGGGUGAUAGGGACAGCGAGGCCUAAGACGGCACCAUCAUCGUCUUCGCAAGCGCAAGCGGAUACAGAUACGGAUAUAGGGAAGGAAACUCCAACAGACGCGCGCGCUGCGUUCGCGAGGCGCCUGCGCACGAUUUCGGAGAGGGGGAGAGGGAGAGGGGGGGUUGGGCUUGUGCCUGCGUUUGUGGCUGCGCCUGCGCCGGCGCCAGGUCCUCUAUCUACACCAGCGCCCGCAUCCGAAUCUUUAUCUGCACACACAUCCGCGUCGAUACCUGCAUCGAUACCCGCGUCGACACCCGUGUCGACACCCGCAUCGAAGCCUGCAUCCACGCCCGCAUCGACGCUUUUACCAGCCUCGCAGCAGAUCCGACCUCAAACUCAAAUCCAACCUCGAGCUCAAACCCAACCGCAACCACACACGCAUACCCAACAAACGCAACAAACGCAAACCCAAGGUCCUACGCAACCUCAAAUCCAAGCUGUACCGGACAGGAAAACGAACACGAAAACGUCUACACAACCUCCAACUCAACCUCAACCUCAAACCCCUCCACAAAAUCAACCACAAACGCAACCACAACCUCCAACUCCAACUCCAACUCAACCACAAACUCAACCACAAACCCAAACUCAAACACAAACACACGACAAACUGAAAAACCUCAAAAAAAGGAACUCGGCAUCUGCGAUAUUGGCGCUUUCGCGCGUGAGGACGUGGAGGUGGGGGAGUGCUAGCGGUGGGAUUGGUAAAGGGAGGAAUGAGUAUGUGGGCGCUGUGGAGGGCGCUCGGGGUGUGGGCGCUGUGGAGGGUACUGUGGAGGGUGUUGUGGAUGUGCGGGCCAGUGCCGGUGUAAGUGCGAGUGCGAGUGCGAGUGCUUUGGAGGGUGUUGUGGGUGUGGAGGGUGCUUUGGAGGGUGUGGGCGUGGAGGGCGCUCGGGGUGUCGGGGUCUGUGAUAAGGGCGUGGUGGAGGCGAAGGCGGAGGCGGGUGUGGUGGAUGGCGCGCGGGUUCGGGUUGGGGAGGGGAGUCUGCGAGCGCCACCGUCACCAUCACCAUCACCAUCACAGCAGCAGGAAGAGCAGCAGGAAGAGCAGGAAGAGCAGACGCAAACGACUACACCGCCUGUCGUUGUUGACGCGGAAGAUAUCAGAGGUGCGAGUGUGGGUGUGGGUUGUUCGGCAUCGACACCCGCCCCGCCCCCAUCCCAGCCCUCGUCUUCUUUAUUUUCUAGUUCUUCCACCUCCACCUCUUCAUCGUCUUCGUCUUCCCAGGUGAAAGAGCUUGAGCCUGAGCAGGCGCAUGAGGAGGUGCAAGCGCAAAUCCAAGAGCCAGCUCAAGCGCAUGAGGAGGUACAAGCGCAAGCGAAAGAGACCGACACCACGCAGGAGAACGCGCCCGCGCCGUCGGCGGCUGUCCUGGCGCUCGUGGAAGCGAUGGCGCUUGUGGAUGCUGUUCCAACUCCAGUUUCAGGUCCAGGUCCAGUUGCAGCUCUAGGUCCAGGUUCAGUUGCAGGUCAAGUUGCAGGUCCAGUGCCAGGUCCAGCUCUAGUGCCAGCUCUAGGUCCAGUUCAAAGCGUUCCGAUGGACAGCGCGGAUUCUGAGGUCGAAGUCGAAGUUCAGUCUGUCCUCGACCACCAGCACGAUGUGGACGUCGAUGGCGAUGUGAAUGAGGAUGUGGAUGAGGCAGCUGCGCGAGAAGAGUCCGCGCCUAGCUGUUCGUGCUCCACCUCUACGUCCACGUCCACGUCCACGUCCACCUCAAGCUCGAGCUCCUCAGACUCGGGGUGUACAUUAGUCUCUGAGCCCGAGCACCACACUGACGAGAGCGCUGAUACACAUGUCCAUGUCCAUGUCCACGCUGAUGCUGAUGUUGAUGUUGAUGCUGAGGGGCGGGAAGAUAGAAAGACGAAGAGUGUCAUGGAGGAAGGGUAUGGAGGACAUGGAGGGCAGGUUGUUGUGCAGGCGCUGGUGGUGGAUAAAAGUGCAGAGUUAGGUGCAGCGCGCGAGCGCGAGCGGAGUCGCAGUCAAAAUCGCAGUCAGAGUCAGAGUCGCACUCAGAGUCAAAAUCGCGGUCAAAGUCGCGCUCGCGGGCGUACCCAAACCCAAACACAAACCCAAACCCAAACGCAGACUCACGGAUCCAGCGCGGGGAAAGGUAUAGGCACCAGACAGCGCAGAAGCUCGAUGAGGCGUAUGUGGACCGCGUUCGUGUGUGCCAUCUCUGCUGCUGAAGCCGAAAAGGAGCGGGACAAGGAGAGGGAGAAGGAGAGGGAGAAGGAGGCGGGGGAUGCGUGGGCUGAGUUGUGCGCUGUGAGGUCUGCAGGUGUGGGUGUGGGUGUGGGUGAGGGGGGGAGGGGGAGGAGUUUGGUUAGAGAUGCGGAUGCGAGGGAGGUGAAUGCGAGGGAGGUGAAUGUGAGGGAGGUGAAAGGUGCGAGGGAGGAUUGUAAAGCUGACGCGGUGGUGACGGUUGCUGUUGUGCCUGCUGUGUGA